AUUACAUGAGGUCAAUAUGAUGACAGUAUGGGUUGCUAUUGCAGUAGUAAUAGCAACCGUAAUGACUUACAUAACUAGUGUAGCACGAAUCAAAAUCGAUUAUACAUACCCUAAAUGCAUACCAUUAGAUCUAAAUAGAAAUAUAUGUGACGUUAGAGUUACAGCCAUAGGAGAUAAUAAGGCACAUAAAAUUGUUCCACUGGAACCCUACACGAAUAUCAUAGGAGACGUCCUCUUUGGGGAUCGUAUAGUCCCGGGAGAUUGCGAUUACAAUACCAGGAUAGUAUACAUAGAACUUGAGGAUGAUUUUGAAGUUAUAAAGAUAGAAACUAGAGCCCAUGAUGGUACGACUGAACUCCUGGAAUAUGUUGGAAGACCCAAGGAACAUGAUGUAUAUCUAGAAUUGAAUCGUAUUGCCAUAGAUAUCAACUUGAAUGAUGCCACGUUUCCCGAGCAUGUUAUGCCAAUGUAUAAUAUAAAAUCGAGGUCCACGGAUAUUAAAAUAAAAAGCAGUUUGAAAAAUCAAUAUCGUAUAGGUACAGUAAUAAUUGGGGAGAUUAAAGUACCAGAUACACCAUGCAUAUCAAGGUAUAUAAAAAUACAACAACGGCAUGAUGGACGGAAACUAGUGUCAGUAUUAAGCAAAUACCCAGAUAACGAACACAUAUCGUCAUAUAUAGAACAGGGAGCAGGUAAAUUGAACUUCGUACCAUACAACAAGGAUACAUACCCAGAAGAUAUACGUAUCGGGUCAUACAAUGAUAUUGCACUGGAUAUAUAAAUGUUAGAUACA